AUGAGACUUAUAAAAAAGCUAGCAAGCGUUUCAUAUCAUGAUUUUUCAGAGGUGGAACUUGCGCCAAUGUUUUCAGAAUUGACAUUCAACAUAGUCAUGAGAAUGAUGUCAGGGAAACGAUAUUAUGGCGAUGAUUGUGAUGUGAGUGAUGUUGAGGAAGCAAGGUUGUUUAGAGAGAUAAUGAAAGAGAUUCUGAGUUUAGGAGGAGCAACCAACAUUAGUGAUUUUUUAGGGUUUUUAAGGUGGUUUGAUUUUGAUGGUUUGGAGAAGAGUCUUAAGAGGAUAAGUAAGAGAGCAGAUUCAUUUUUACAAAGACUAAUUGAUGAACAUAGAUUUGAAAAGAGGACCACUAAUACUAUGUUAGAUCAUCUCUUAAAACAACAACAGUCACAACCUGAAUAUUACACAGACCAAAUCAUCAAAGGACUUAUCAUGGUUAUGCUUCUUGCAGGAAUUGACACAUCAUCUAUAACUUUAGAAUGGGCUAUGACCAAUUUAUUAAAUAGUCCAAAUAUAUUAAAGAAGGCAAAAGAUGAGUUGGACACUCACGUUGGACAAGACCACUUAGUAAAUGAACAUGAUAUUUCAAAACUUUCUUAUCUUCAAAAUAUUGUUUAUGAGAGUCUCCGAUUACAUCCAGCUGCUCCACUAUUAUUGCCUCAUUUUUCUUCAAAAGAUUUUACAAUAGAAAAAUACAAUAUCCCACAAAACACAAUUUUAAUGGUCAAUGCAUGGGCCAUUCAUAGAGAUCCAAAUUUGUGGAUUGAUCCUAUAUGUUUUAAGCCUGAGAGAUUUGAGAAAGAAGGUGAGACAAAUAAACUACUUUCAUUUGGAAUGGGAAGAAGGGCUUGUCCAGGAGAAAAUUUGGCUCAUCGCACAAUGAGUGUAACUUUAGGUUUAUUGAUCCAGUGUUUUGAGUGGAAACGUAUAGGUAAAGAAAAAAUUGACAUGGGCAAAAAAAAAGGAGUUACUUUGGAAAAAGAGAUUUCCUUAAAAGCAAUGUGCAAAUUGCGUCAUCCAAUGAAGAUUAAAAAUGCUUUCUAA